ACUCACGAGUGGAAGUUUGGGGCCAAAAUGCGGAUAACCACAUUGAUCCUCAUCGCAGUAGUUAUGGCUGUAUGCCUAUUUGCGGAUGUAACUGGAGUAACUCGGUGCAAGGGAAAGCCCAGAGACUCCAAGUGUGCGGGGAACCUCGAUGGCGGUAACAAUCGCAAAAGCAAGUGCAAGAAGUCGGCCAACAAAGAUAUGUGGCACUACAAUGCACUGACAAAAAACUGCACCCAAAUCAAUUACCUAGGAUGUGGUGGCAAUGACAAUCGAUGGUGCACAAAAGCGUUAUGUGAAGGCUGCCGACGGCCAAGAUAA